GGAGGACGAAAGACGACAAACACAAACAGUACAUGAAUGAAUAGUUUGGAUUUUUGUAGGUAAUGUGCAUAGUAUUUCUACCAGAAUGGAAUUUAUACCGCUGGAGUCCCUUUCAUCAUUUUCCAGAAAGAUUUGUAGUUUUUGUUUGGCUACCGAGAAAAUGAAGAUAAUAACUGUUCCUCGAGUGGAGACGAUUAGGGUCUAGAAGAAAGUGAAGCAGUGGCAGUUUGGGGGUAAAACAAGGGGAAAAUGAGGAAGGAAAUUGAUGGAACAUAAACCGGACAGGUAGGGCCCCAUUCCCAAUUCUCAUCACCACAAACACCAGCAUCACUGCGGCACUGCCAGUGUAUCAACACGUUUCCUACCUUUCUCUUUUCCCAACACCCGCCAAACGUUAACACCCACAAUAUCUCGGUCCUUGUUCCUUUCGGGGUUCAAUUUCCUGGCUAAAAAGUCACAAACUUUGCUUCUAACACACACUACCCUGAACCAUACCUUUCCUGAUUGCUUUCUGUCAUAACUCAUAAUCUUGUUUUCUUUAUUGUUGAGAAUCGAUUCUGGGUAUAAAGUUUGAGUUUUGUUGAGCCAACUCGAUGCAGGGUGGUGGUGGUGAAGGUUCUGCAAGUGGGUCAAUGUCAACAGUGUCAAGGGAAGACAAUUUGGUGCUGUCCUCUGAGGAUUCUUCAUGCCCGGAUGAAUCUGAGCUGGAGUUAGGUCUUGGCCUGAGCCUCGGUGGUGGUUUCAAGGUGCAGCAAGCUUCAAAUGCUGCUCAACAGGCUAGAAUUUUGACUUCUAUGGAUAUCCGUUCCUAUUCAUCAUCAUCCUCCUCCUCAUCUUCUUCAUUGACUAGGGCUAAUGUCACAUCUGGGGUCAAGAGAACUGCUGAUUCUGUUGCUGCUAAUGGUUCCAAGGCAAUUGGCAUGUUGGUGAGCUAUGCAUCAAAGCUUCUGUUGAUUUUUGAUGUUCCAAAACACAUAAUGCACCUGCAUAGCAUUGUAAGUCAAAUGGUGCCUUCUGGUGCAGUAUUUUUAAUUGUUAAAAUCCUUUUCUGAAAAGAUUUUAUCUUAAAACUCAAUUUAACUACAUGCUUACAUGCUUCCCUUGUAUCAUUCUGAGAUUACAGAGCUUAAGUUUGUGGUUUGACUUUUUAUUGAGUACAUGAUAAGUAGCUACUUGUCAGUGAUUGAAUAAUAACCUCAUAGUUACAGGUGAUUAGCUAAUAACUACCUAUUUGCUGCUCAGAGCCUGUUCUUCACUGAUGGGAUUCCUUUUCUCUGUUAUUGUAUUGCCUUGUAUCUUGAAACAGUCAGGUUGUUGGGUGGCCUCCUGUAAGAGCUUACAGAAUGAAUAGCAUGGCCAACCAAGGAAAAACAAUAGCUGCCACAGGAUUUAGCCCUACUUUUGAUAAGAAUGAAAGCAAGAAUAUUAUGGCAGAGAAGAAUAACAUCAGCUGCUACAAGAAAAGUGGCAAAGCUAAGCAAAGUUCCCUGUUUGUGAAGGUGAAUAUCGAUGGAACUCCAAUUGGAAGGAAGGUUGAUCUGAACUCUCAUGGAUGCAAAAACAUUGGAAGCUAUGUUUCUCAGACCCACCACAAGCAUGGAUCCAAGAAGGUCAAGUGUACAUGAAGACAACAAAAUGGCUGAUUUAAAAAGACCCUCAAAACUGAUUGAUGGAUCAGCUGAAUUUGUGCUUACUUAUGAGGAUAAGGAAGGAGACUGGAUGCUUGUUGGAGAUGUUCCAUGGGGGUAUGUAUAUUUGACUACUAACAAUGUGCACCAAUGCAUUGAUUUUAUUUUUAAACACACUCAUUUAUUAUGCAGACAAAUGUACAUUUGCUUUUCUGUUGCCGUGUUUGAGAAGUAAAGAUCUUUGUCCAACAUUGGAGUGGCUUUGGUGGUCAUGAUCUUCAUAUUUGUAUGUUACAUUGAAAUUGCACCUGUUGUAUGAUAAUGAGGAUCACGUGCCUCCAACAUGGAAUCUGAUGAGAUAUAGAACAUGAAAUUGGUAUAGCUUUUUGGGUUAUUUCUGAUAUCUAGAUAGCUAUUGAGGAUUAAUAAAGUCAAUGUUGUAAAAUUCUGGUUUCACAUUAUGACAUGUUGAUUUACUGAUCAAUCCCUCAGCGCAUGAUUGAUGAUUUUUUCUUAAUUUCUUGAUUUUUUCUUGUGAUAAUGAGACUGAAACAUGACAGUUUAUAUUGUAAGCCUAACCCAGUUUUGUUUUUUGGGCCAGUAGGGAAGAAAAUGUUAGCUAGAAAAGAAGCAUUACUAUUUGAGAUUUGUCUUCUUUCGGUUUUCAUCCUCAGCUUUAGUGGUUUAAUUCUCUGCUUCUUGAAGUUGGUUAUGCUAUAUGUGUCAUUUUAUAAGGUUUGACUUUGACAAUCACAUCAAUUAUUUUUUGAAUCUGCAUUCAGGAUGUUUCUUAGCUCGGUGAAAAGGCUUAGAAUCAUGAGGACAAUUGAGGCUACUGGGCUUGCUCCAAGGUUACAUAAAGGGAAUGAGAAACCAAGAAGUAGUCGCAUCUAGACUGCCUUUCCCCAACCUCAAGCAAGGUGAAUUCCCGUUUUGUGCUAGCAAUACACUCAGCAGAAAGAAACACCGAAUAGUAAAGCAUUUUGGCUUCCUCUGUUCCUGAUUGCUGUAUUAUUGUGUUAUCCACUUUCUUCCUUCCCCAAUUCUCGUUACCAGUCUCUGGUAUGAAACCACACUUUUUGAAUGCCGAGGGCACCUUAGUUUUCAAUAUAGCAUAUACACAGAUACUCGAGUGAAUGCUGUUUCUGGUUGCUGUAAAUAGUAAUGCCAUUUUGCAAACA